AUGGACAACCGAGGCAUCUUACGCCUUUGCACAUUCCUGGAGGAACAAGAGAUAAAGGUUUACGAGAUGAAUUUCAGCGACAAUGCCAUUGAUGACGAUGGCCUCUAUCGGCUCGCCCAGUACAUCACUUCUGAAAUGGCUCCGGUUCACGCGCUGUACAUGUCUGCAAAUCAGAUUAGCAUGCAGGGUGUGGUUAGACUGCUGACGAUGCUAUCGCUUCACCCCAUGUAUCCUGUGGAGUUUGACCGGGGUGGGAAAGCGGCUUUCCUACCGCUAUGGCUUCAGCUCGAUAAUAACAUGAUUGAGAACGAUCAUCUGCAAGACUUCCUGGACCACCAGCUGUCGAUGCUGGGUUGUGCGGUUGUUUUGCACCUCUGCUUGCGCUCGAAGGAUGAGCCUCCAUUGGACGAGAGCAUGCUUCAGGCCGGCAUGGCACCAGCAGGGCUCAGCACAUCCAAGAUCUUCGAGGAACAUAGGAGGCUGACAUCUCGGAUGAACUGGCUGCAGAAGGAACCAUCGAGUGCGGGCGUCGUUGCAGAAAGGGUCCAGCGAGACGAGCCUAGAUUCCUCUACGAAGAUGCGCAUUUCCUGGUCAUGCUGAAGCCUGCUGGGUGGCACUGCGGCAAUGAACUCCAUGCCGCAGGCACAGGGAGGAACCUUGCAAUGCAAGUGCCGAAAAUGACCAGCGACAAGCGGAAGGACUUGGGCAAGCAGCUCCUGAAGUAUGGGGAGGCGCAAGCCUUACACGACUACAUCAUUUUGCGUUUCGGGGCGGAUGAAGCCAUGAAAAAAGUCAUGAACGCUGACAAGCUGUACGGAAUGGUCCACAGGUUGGACGUUGGAACAUCUGGGCCGCUGCUGAUAGCCAAGGGUCUCGAGGGCUUUUUCUGGGCUAAGCAGAAGAUUGCAGCUCAAGAGCUGCAGCGAGACUAUGUUGCUUUAGUCCAUGGGACUUUCGGUCGGGAUGCCAGGGGCGAGUACGGGCCGACUGGGAUCAUCCAGGCUCCAGUCGACAAGUCUCGCUACGAAAUUACCCGGAGAUGCGAAAUUCAUGCGAAUGGUCAGCCCGCGUCGACGCUUUACGAGCGCAUAGCGGAGUACGAGAGCCCAAACAGGAAGGCACGUUACACGCUGCUACACUGCCGACUGCUCACGGGCCGCACUCAUCAAAUUCGAGUGCACCUCGAGCACAUCGGCAUGCCACUGGUGGGAGAUCGGUCGUAUCAGCGCCAUCGAAAAACCUUCGACACUGCGCUCACCCUGGACCGAACAUUCCUCCACAAG